GCGCAGAUGUUAGCCACGUCAUUUUAUUAAAGUUUCCAAAAUAUUAGUAAGAAGUCUGAUUUAGAUUUACGUGUAAUUGACUGAUAUAAAAUUGUCUGUGUGUUAUGAUUUAGAAGACGGGUCUAAAAUGGUUUUGUUGACGAUGAUUGCCCGUGUUGCCGACGGGCUUGCACUAGCGGCAUCUGUACAAGAAGACGAACAAGCAGGAAGAAAUUUAAUGGAAUAUCAGACUCAAGCUAAACAGUUGUUCCGUAAAAUAUCACAAGACCCUCAGCCUCCAACUAGAUGUAGUUUAGAAAGUGGUCCUUAUAUAUUUCAUUAUCUUAUAGAAAGAGGAGUUUGUUUUCUAGUUUUAUGUGAUAAGAGUUUCUCCAAACGAUUAGCAUAUACAUUUUUGGAAGAUAUUCAGUUAGAGUUCAUGAAUCAAUAUAGUACUAGAGUCGAAACUGUUUCUCGUCCUUAUAGUUUUAUAGAAUUUGAUACGUACAUCCAGAAAACUAGAAAAUCUUACAUGGAUUCUAGAGCACGACGUAAUUUAACCAAUAUCAAUACAGAAUUACAUGAUGUACAGAGAAUAAUGGUACAAAAUAUAGAUGAUGUUUUACAGAGAGGAGAAACUUUAUCAGUGUUAGAUACCAAAGCUAGUAAUUUAUCCACAUUAUCACAGAAAUAUAAGAAAGAUGCCAAGUAUUUAAAUCUGCGUUCAACAUACGCAAAAAUAGGCGCCGUUGUUAUUGUUGCCGUUGUUUUUCUUCUGUUUAUUUAUUACUGGGUACUGUGAGAAAACUUUCAGAGAACAAAACAGUUCCAUAAUUUUAAUACUGUGAAGCCUGGUCAGAUUCAACAUCUAAAUAUUUAUUGUUGGAUACUGUGAGAAAACUUUCAGAAAACAAAACGAUCAGCAUCUUUAAUAUUUAGUCAAUGAGUGAAAUUAACAGUUUAUAAAAUUGAUCAUUUUUUAAGCAGGAAGUUGUUCCAUUCAUGAUAAUCUUGUUGUUGUUCUUCUUAGACCUCUGCUAAUUUUGAGUAUGAGUGACAUUAAACUUGCCAUUCCUCUUCCUUGAACAAUUGCAUGUCGAUUAAAGAUGCAUUAUGUAAGAGCUAAAUCUGCCUAUUGCGGAAUUUUUUUAUUUUGGCUUUAAAUUGUAUAUGAACUAUUAUUUAGACAUUUAUUCACAUGAAAAGCCUAUAAUCAACUCUCUAGAAUAUGGGUGGCUGAGAUUUAGACAGAUUGAUAUAUGAUCACCAUUUAAUUUAAUGAUUUAAUUUAAAAAUGGAGAACCGAAGCUCAGUCUAGAUUAACAAGUAACAUUGCUUCGAUAAUAAACAAUCUAUGUCAAACUUCAAACAGUGAUAACGUCACUCAGAAUAAAGUAUUUUGAAUGAAAUUUUCAAUAUAUUGAUUUUGAAUUAUCUAUUUUGCAAGAACGGCCAGCUCUUUAUAUAAAUCUUACAUAAUGCAUCUUUAAGGGACUUGAACUUUUGAUAUAUUGUCACAAUUCCAAAAUGGCUACAAAGAUGUAAUUACACUGGUUCCUAUACUACAGUCAUACUUGUUUCAUCUACUUUUUAGUCUUUUAAAGGAUAUGUUUUCUAUGAAUACAGAAAUCCCAGUAUUUCGGUUUCUACGUGAUUCUCUUGAUUCUCCACUCUUGAUCCAGAGGUAGGAAUUCGAGCCCCGCGACUCUGACUGGCUCUGACUCGAGUCCAACUUAAAUUGCAUCAAUGACCCGACUCGACUUGAAAUAUUUAUAGAGACUCAACUUGGCAGUCAUAAUGACUCGCGACUUGAAGAAGCUGAGUCACUUGCCGUAUUCGCCAUGAAUUGCCAACUCAUUUGAUGAACUGGCGACUUGAACAGGUCUCGGGCUUUGUGGAGACUUGGGACUCAACUCAACUCGGUGCUAAAGUCUGUGACAUGGAACUCGACUCGUAUUGUUCCCACCUCUGCUCAGAACAAAUAUAUGAUUUAUGUGGCGGAAUUCAGAUGUAUUAAGUUUAGCAAUCAUCAAAGUAUGAUUGACUAGAAUUGUACUUGGUGUAAAAGAAUAGUGUCUUGCUGUACAGGACAGUAUUUGUCAAUUUUGUCUCUAAAUCCGCCAUUUUAUAUUUCAUUUCGUUGUCAGUAUAUGUAUAUAUGACAAUCAUGUCAUAUGAUUAUUAUUAAGUGUAAUUCCAUUUUUUUUUUUUUUUUUUUGAAAAAAAUCGCAAUAAAGGCAAAAUAACUUAACCCUUUCAUAACUGGUUACGAUGGUCUCCAGUUUAUUGAGCCUAUAUUAAGCCUAUAAUGGACGCAAUCUCUUAGAUCCACAGACAUUUUGAGUGAUGACCAGAUGAACAUUUAAGUAUUGUCGGAUGACCCUGUGACAAGCCCCAACAUAACCGAAGUUCCCUUUUGAAAAUGAAAUGGGGUUUAAUGUCCUACUGUUUAGCAUCUACCAGGCCAAAGAAGACAAACCUACGCCAUGCAGUGUGAUAGGAUAGAAAUUUAGCAUAUCCACCUAUUUCAACUCUCAAUAAGGAAUUUGCUUUUGGUCUUUGCUGUCUCCUAUUUACUGUGUUUGUUGAUAUUCUAGUCCCAGAAUGGACUCAAUCACACCAACCCAUGGAAAAUCUGACACAUGACCAUACCCCAUGUUAUGAAAGGGUCAAGAUAUUUGAGUGAUUUUAAUAUUUUGGGAAUUGCCCAUCUGUGUUUUUUUUUUUUUUUUUGUUGUGUUAAGGUUGUUAUUUCAGACUAGUCUAUAACAUGUGUAAAUUUGUAAAUAAAAUAAUUAUAAACAUGUAAAUAGAAUUUGAUGUUGUGGAGCUUCUCAUUUUGUUCAUGUUCAGAAUUUGUGUGCCAUUUCAUAUCUGUUUCAUCUCAUUAUAUUAUAAGAAUUUAAAUAGAUGUGUUUUGAUUUUUUGAUACACGUCUCAUUUAGCCACAGUCUGUCGCAAAUAUGUACCAUAUGUUAGUCCCAAAAUGUCUCUCUUGUAUUAAACAAGUUUGACUUUGUCUGGAAAAGCUUAAAUCCCCAUGAUUUCCACCGAGCUUCGGCUUCGUCAAGUUGUGAUCACGAAUGGUUGAUUCUGUGACAAAUGAACACUCAACAAGAACAGAAGAGAAAAGAAAACGCUGUUAGACCCAGUGUAGUUCUAGCACCACAUGGUAAUAAAUUGCUGCCAUUGUUUUUCAAUGACAUAUGAGCUUUGCAUAUUAUUCAUUUACAACAUUAGGGUCACACGACAACCAAUUAAACUAUAAAAGUUGAUAACACUGGAAAGAUCUAUUACUUCUGAUGCCUUAUUCACGAAAUUUUUUACUCAAAUAUUUUAAGAAUACAGGCUUUUCAUUGGCUUGGCUAAAAUUUGGACCAGACUUUAGCUAAUGAAUGGUUAGUAUCCUUGUAAUAUUUUAGUUUUGUGAAUAAGACACUGGCAUUAAACAGCCUAGGAUAUAAUAUAUCACAUGAUUGGUUUGGGGUCGUUAAUGACACCAAUUGACAGUUAAAUUGUCCUCAGUUUACAUGCAAUAGAUGAAGGUAUUUACAAGAAUUUAAAAUACAAUAUAUUAUGACAUUAUCAUCUUAUUAUUCUAUAAUUUUUAAAUGUACUCUGUAUGUAUUUCUGUAUAUAGGCUACUGUUAAUAAAUCACAUGAAAAUAA